CAGUUGACCCAGUACUCACCAUCUAUCUCUUUUACCUAUAUAGAGUUAUCUUUUUAUACACUAUGUAUGUAUAACAAUAAGUCCUCUUCUGCUAUUUAUCUUCCUGUGUUGUGUCUUAAAUGGAAACUUGUGAUUAUUGAUGAUUAGUCUGGCGACUUAUAUCUCUUUCUCUCUCACGCUAUAAGUGAGCUUAUAAUGUUUUUGCAGCUAUAUAUGUGAGCAACUGUCAAUGCAUUUUGCUAUCCAUCUACUCUCUCUAUAAAAGAAAAGAAGAAAAACACAAAAAGACAAUAACAAAAAUUAAGAAAAGGAAAGAAAUUCAACUUUGAUCUCUUCCACUUAUAUCUCUCAGCUUCAAAGGUCUCUCUCUUCCUUUUUUUGCAGGUUUUUCCACUUUGUCUCACUAUUUCUGCACAACACCAUCACCAAAUCCAUCUUUUUUUUGUAGCACCUACCUCAAUAGUACCAGGAAGUAUUUAAGUCCUCUAUCUAUCUCUUCUUGUAAUUAAUGAGCCAAGAAGUUACAUCCAUCCACUUCUAAGUCUCAAGACUAAACCUAAUUUUUUCAUUUUAUGAGGUACUAAAAGCCUAAUUUCUUCUGGCCUAAAGCUUUCAAAAUCAAGAAAAAGAACCCUAAUCUCUCCAACCCUACUUUGGAUCAUAUCUUUUUUAAGUUAUGGAUCUGAUCUCUCAAGAGCACAAUAUCAAGAACCCUAAUACCACUCUCACAACACAGCCUUCUUCUUCUUCUUCUUCUCCACCAUCCUCUAGCCGCUACGAGAACCAGAAACGCCGUGAUUGGAACACUUUCUGCCAAUACCUUAGAAACCAUCGUCCACCGCUCUCGCCACCGUCUUGCAGCGGCGAACACGUCCUAGAGUUUCUGCGUUACCUUGACCAGUUCGGAAAAACCAAAGUCCACCACCAAAACUGCUCUUUCUUUGGCCUCCUAAAUCCUCCGGCUCCUUGUCCUUGUCCUCUCCGGCAAGCUUGGGGUUCACUUGACGCCCUUAUCGGUCGUCUCCGUGCCGCCUACGAGGAGAACGGUGGAGUUCCAGAGACUAGCCCUUUUGGCUCACGUUCAGUCAGGAUUUUUCUCAGGGAGGUUAGAGAGUUCCAGGCUAAAUCUCGUGGCGUUAGCUACAAGAAGAAGAGGAAGACGGUCAAUAACAAGCAAAUAACUCAAUCGAGUUCUCAGCCGCCUCUACAGCCGCAGCCACAACAGCAUCAGCAUGGUCAGUCUAUUAUGUCUAAUUAUAAUUAAUUACCACGGUCAACUAGAUGAUAUUGUACAACUUCGAUAAAUGUACGUUCGUAUCUAUCUAUUUAUACGUACCAUUCCCUUGUAUUUGUGUAAUGUAAUAUCCCUACUUUACUCCAUCCACCGCUAUUGUUUCUUGAA